GAAUGCGUUAUUGUUUUAAAGUUACCUUCGUUUGAAUUUAGUUGGAGCAUGAAUAAGAACUAAAUUCCACUUGUAUACUUCAAACACUGUCGAAACUAAUUGAAGAAACGAUACUUGUUUACUUGUUUGCAGGCCAACGAAGUUGAAUAAACAGUGUUUACAUUAGUUAAGAUUCGACGAUUGCUGCAUAUUACAUCGAAUAUUGUAUUUUAUAUUGCAAACAUUAUUUCUAUCGUGUGUAUUCUUCUGAAAACUUGCACUGCAAUAACUUUAUAGAGGUAAUAUAAUAUAAGGUUUUGUUUUAGAAUAUACAUCUCCAAGAUGGGAUCUUCCAGUUCGGACAAUGAGAAAGAAUAUAAACGAAAAAAGCACAAAAAAAAGGAGAAAAAGUCCCACAAAACCAGAAAGGAAAAGAAAUUGAAAAAGGAUAAGAAGCAUAAGCGCCACAGACGAUAUUCAACAUCUUCCAAUUCAGGAAGUGAAAGCGACGAGUGGAUUGAAGCAUUGCCUACCACUUCGCAGAAUAUGGUAAAUUCAGCAGAAUUGGCUCAGAAACUUCCACAAAAAGUUCAGGAAAGAGACGAUUGGAUGAAUGCCAUGUCGAUUCCUACUUAUACUAAGGAACCAAAAAUCAAGGAUUCCAAAAAUGCUGUAAAUGAUCAAUACGAUCCAAAAACUAGCGUUCGUGAGCUAAAUCCCUACUGGAAAAAUGGUGGUACAGGAUUACCAAGCUUCCGUAAACCAGCUAACGACAACGACUUUGGAGAUGACGAAUACAAGCAAUCCAGUUUUGUUUCAAGUCGACAACAGAACCAAACUACAAGUGGGUGGAAAAAAUCAACGAAAAAUGUCCUGGAAUCAAAGCAGUACGAUAACUCAGAUCAAGGAAAACAAACAACAAAAAUAGUCGAAACCGAGACCAAAUCUCUAAACACGGAUGAGAGACAGUUAACGGACGAGGAAAUGAAUGCAUUGGGCGCUAAAAUUAUUAAGGCAGAAUUGCUAGGAAACACGGCACAAGCGGAAAGCUUAAAGAUCCAGCUAAAAAAAGCAAAAGAAUAUCGAAAUGACUUACAUCAAAAGAAAGUUGAGGGAUCGUUACAUGAACGAGCUCAAAAGCGAAAACCGCACUCCGAAGAUGUGGUUACAUAUACCUACAGUAAACACGCUAGUGAGUCGAAGCAUGAUAAUCAAUACAAAAAGCAUAAACGUUAUGAACAAAGCCUACCACCAGGUUCCGAUCUAUCGGACAAGUUUCGAUCGGAACGACACGAGAAUUAUGAAAUGGAUGCACAGUUUUUCAAAGUUUCCUCCAAAAUGGGCGAAGGGAAAAGUCUGGAUAAUAUAUUUGAUCAUCAAAAAGCAUCUACUUCAACGGGUGACUCUGGUGCGAUUGAAGAACGAGCUAUUCGAGAUAUGAACCGCAUGAGCAAAGUACAAGCAGACUGUGAGAGAUGCCUAGAAUCUGCUAAAUUUGGCCAUGAUCAGCUGAUUUCUAUGGGGAAAAAUGUUUUCCUUGCUGUUCCAGCGUGGCGAGCUCUUCAACCGAAGCAUUGUAUUAUAGCUCCCGUUGGACACUUCUCUUCGCUUACUCAGGUAGACGAGGACGUACAUCGAGAAAUAGUGGAUGUUUGCAAGGCAUUGAUUCGAAUGUUUACCAAGCACCAAAUGGAAGUGGUAUUCUUUGAAACCGUCCGUUAUUUGAACCGCAAUCCUCACAUGUAUAUUCAAUGUGUACCGGCUAAGAAUUAUGAAAUGGCUCCAUUUUAUUUCAAAAAGGCCAUUUUGGAGUCCGAAACAGAAUGGUGCAUGAACAAAAAACUGCAUAAUGUGGACGGUUUUAAUGUGCGAAAAACGAUUCCGAAAGGAUUGCCGUACUUUUGGGUUAACUUCAAUAUGGAGAAUGGGUUCGCUCAUGUAAUCGAAGACCAAGAAGCGUUUCCAGUCACAUUUGCGACGGAAACCAUUGCGGGCAUUCUUGGACUAGACACUAAGGAUUGGCGCAAGCCUCGAAGGGAAAUAAAUCCAAAGCAGAAAGUUGACGAGUUCAAAAAAUGGUGGCAAGAAUUUGAAAGUGAGCUAGACAUAAAAUAA